AUGAGAGUGGGAGUGCUGUUGCAGCAGGAAGAUCUAAAGUGGAAGCAACGAGCAAAGAAGAAUUGGUACUGUAUGGGAGACAAGAACACAAAGUUCUUCCAUGCCUGUGCUAACCAGAGAAGAAACAAGAACUUGAUUCUAUCAGUGUUGGAUUCAAAUGCCAAUUUAAAGAUAGAUCAGGAUGGGAUUGCUGAAGCUUUUAGGGAGCAUUUUUCUGGAGUAUAUACUACUGCUGCACCUUCAAAAAGAACCAUUAACAUUUGUCUACAAGCAGUGGAGGGUAUUGUUGGGGAGGAUGUGUGUAGAGCAGCUUUGCAGUUUCUUAAUGGUGGUAGGAUGGAUGGUGGAUUAAAUCAUACUUUUGUGGCAUUAAUUCCCAAGCUAAAGGAGCCAAAGUCAGUUAAUGAUUUCAGACCAAUAAGUCUGUGCAACGUGAUGUAUAAAGUCAUUGCAAAAGUCCUUGCGAAUAGAUUGAAGACUGUGCUGAGUGCAGUGAUAUCAAGUAAUCAAAGUGCUUUUAUACCCGAGAGGUUAAUCACAGACAAUAUUGUGGCUGCUUAUGAAGUACUGCAUUCCAUGAGGACAAGACAGAAGGAUAAAAUGGGAAGUAUGGCUCUUAAACUGGACAUCUCAAAAGCAUAUGACAGAGUAGAAUGGAAAUUCCUCCAAGGAAUUAUGCAAAAGCUGGGGUUUGGUGAUAGGUGGAUACAAUUGAUUAUGGAUUGUGUAUCAACUGUUUCUUAUGCAGUGUUGACAAAUGGAAGGCCAGUUGAGAUUAUUAAACCAACAAGGGGUUUGAGGCAGGGAGAUUCAUUGUCUCCCUACCUCUUCCUUUUGUGUGCUGAAGGCUUAAGUGCUAUGCUCAAUCAGGCUGAGAGGAGGAAGGAACUAAAGGGUGUGGCUGUGGCUAGGGGUGGGACUAGAGUGACUCAUCUCCUGUUUGCAGACGAUUGUAUCAUCUUUGGGAGAGCAAGUUGGAUUGAGUGGAGAAGAAUUCGAAGUAUCUUGGAAAUAUAUGAAUUGGCCUUGGGUCAAAGUCUCAAUAAACAAAAAACUACAGUGUUUUUUAGCCCGAAUGCAAAGGCAAAUGUGAAGAAGGGUAUUCUUAAGGAGCUCGGGGCUAGAUUAAUACUGAACUGUGAAAAGUACUUGGGGUUGCCAGUAAUGGUUGGAAGAUCACGUUAUAAUUCCUUCAGGUGCAUUAAAGACAGGGUUUGGCAAAGGGUUAAUAAUUGGAAGAAUAAACUUUUAUCUCCAGCUGGAAAAGAAGUACUUCUAAAGGCAGUCAUUCAAGCUAUCCCUAACUACUAUAUGAAUGUCUUUAGGCUACCAAAGAAGCUAUGUACAGAAAUAGCUGUUGUUAUGGCAAGGUUUUGGUGGGGAUAUAAGGCAAAUGAUAAGAGGAUUCAGUGCAAAAGCUGGCCUGCAAUGGGGGUAUCAAAAGCUGAAGGAGGAUUGGGAUUCAGGGAGCUUGAGAGUUUUAACUCUGCUUUGCUAGCAAAACAAUGUUGGAGGUUGCUGUCUAAUCCUCGAUCCCUAGCUGCAAAGGUGCUCAAAGAUAAGUACUAUAGAAACUCAGAUCUACUACAAGCCAAGCUAGGCUACAGACCUUCAUUAAUUUGGAAGAGUUUGUGGAGUUCAAUGGGACUUUUGAAGGAAGGUCUAGUGUGGAGAGUGGCCACUGGACAUAGCAUCAAAAUAUGGGAAGAUAAAUGGAUCCCAACCAUGGUAUCUCAUUGUAUUCAAACCCCAAAUACUGUACUCAGUAAGGAGGCUAGAGUUCAGGAAUUAAUUGACCCCUCAGGGGUAUGGAAAGAAGAGUUGAUAAGGGAAAUCUUUAAUGAAGAUGAGGCAAAGGUUAUCUGCAGCCUUCCUAUCAGUCAAUCUGGUAUGCCUGACAAACAAAUAUGGGGUCUUACGAAAGAUGGGAUUUUUAGUGUGCGUAGUGCUUAUCAUUUAGAGGUGAGCAGGAAAAAAAGAGAGAGUGGUGAGAUGUCAGCUGGGAUCAGUAUUGACUGGAAGGGGGUGUGGAGGUUAAAUGUGCCGGGGGUAGUUAAAGUUUUUCUCUGGAAACCUUUAAAUGAUAGCCUACCAACUAGAUGGAAUUUGUUUAAAAGGAAAGUGGUGAAAAAUCCUAUUUGUCCAGUGUGUGAAUUUGAGGUGGAGUCUGUCACGCAUAGCUUAUGGAGUUGUAAAGGGGCUAUGGAUGUCUGGGCAGAAAGGAAAAGCCCGGUGCAGAAGUGGGCAAGUUCUGAGUUUGGUAGUCCUAGUGCUGUUGUUAAACAAGCUGAAACAACUCUCGAGGAGUUUCAGUUGGCACAGAGAGGUGAUCAAAAGGGGAAGGGAUGUCCUGUAGCAAGAAGAAGAGUUAAGUGGAAGGCUCCAGGUGAUGAGGUGGUGAAAGUAAAUUGGGAUGCGGGAGUGAAUUUGAAAGAAGAAAGAAUAGGAAUAGGUGUUGUGAUUAGAGAUGACAAGGGGGAGGUGUUGGUGGCUUUAUGCAGUUCAAGGGGAGUGUGCUGCAGUCCAGUUGUAGCAGAAUUACAUGCACUUUGGAGAGCUAUGAAAUUGUGUGCAGAACUGAACUUUUAG